AUGAGCGGCCGUUUUGAUGAGGGUCCCUCUAGCGCAUUUGAGAACAAUGGCAGUGAUGAAUUCCUGGAGAAUAUCUCUAUGUCUGAUUUUAAUGCGACUAGUAAACAAUCUGAAGAUGCAAAUACUAGAGCAACUGAUAGCCGUGGUGAGAGUUGGAUGCUGCUGAACAAUAGAAAUAUCUUGGGUGUUACUCUUAAUAAAAUUUGGAACGGUCCUGAUGAACCAAGUGAUGAAGAACCACACUUUCCAUAUAGGUGGGAUUUUACAAGGACAAUUGAAGAGUAUCCAUCGAAAGUAUUUGAGAAAUCUCUGCCAAAUAAAAAGAUACGAUGGGGUUUUUUGUUUUUUUAUUGCAUAUUUUGGUAUGCAGUGCUUCAAUCAUUACUACAUCCCUAUUUAUUUCAAGAACCUUUUUACUACAUAAAGGGUGACAAUAAUCAUGAAGAAUUAAAAAAAAUACCCAUUAUUUCCCUUUCUUGUAACUCGUAUUUGAAUUGGGAAGGUACUAAUAACGCUUGUGGUAUAAAUGCAGAAAGUUGCGGUCCUUUUGAAGACAAGGAAUAUUUUAUUAGGUGUCCUGCAUUGUGUGACCAAGGUGGGUAUUUAUACUCUGCCGUAGCAGUAGGUGCUAAUAGAAUGAAGUACAUAGGCUAUCAAAUAGGUGGUGGUAGAUUAGACAAACCAGGUCUUAACAACGAGUUGUCAUAUCCUUAUAGAGCCGAUUCAUUUCCAUGCAGUGCUGCCGUACACGCUGGUAUUAUCUCACCAAUAAUAGGUGGAUGUGCUAGAAUUGCAAUGGACGGUUCUCAAAUAAACUUCCCUGCUAGGGAAGGUAAGCAUGGAACAGGAUUAUCAAUUGUAUUCAAUACAUUUUUUCCUGGUUCCUAUACUUUUAAGGAAGUACAAGAAGGAAUAAUGUCUGGAUGUUAUGAUCCACGGUUUCUGGUUCUAUUAAUUAACAUUAUGUUUGGAUUAGUGGUGUUUUAUCUAUAUAAAGGUAUCGUUGGUUACUGGAUUAUUACUAUCGUUGGUUAUUGGACAAUUGUCCUAGCCACAGACCCUCCGGUAGUCGUCGACCCACAUGAUUCAUAUUCAUCAUACGAAUUGAUCAGUGUUGGCUUUCAAAGGUUAUUGCCUUUAGGUUUUGUUUUAUAUGUCAUGUGGAAAUGUUCUAUAAAAAGAACACUAGAAGAAGGAUCUCCUCUAGCAAAACUACUGUGCUGGUACCCAACAUUUUGGUUAGGCGUUUUGAACAAUGUCACGUUUGAUAGACUACCUGUUGAUAGAUUGAAUGCCACGGACUUAAAAGAGCAAGCAGGUGCCCUAACUGCCGUUCUAUCGAUACUUUGUACAAUCAUCACCUGUGCAAUUAUACAGGCUUAUUCGUUAUGGAAAUCUGGACGUUUUCAAAAAUAUUUCAAGAUAUACAUAACUUUAAUAAUAUCCGUGGUUCUACUUGCAACUUUACCAGGACUAAAUUUGAGAAUCCACCAUUAUAUUCUUGGCAUAUUAUUGGUACCGGGAUGUGCUACUCGUGGGACAUCUGCCUACCUAUUCCAAGGUAUAUUAGUAGGGUUGAUUCUAAGUGGUGUCGCUAGAUGGGAUUUUGCUAGUGUUGUUGAAACAGACUUUGCAUUACUGAGAGGCGAGGCUGGUGGAUCACUCGAACCACCCCAAUUCGUAUUUGACUCUGACGAAUCGCAUAAGAUAUCUUGGAAUUUACAUAAUACAACCUCAACGGACCACACUGGCCUUAUCGAUGGUGUGUCUUUACUAAUCAAUGAUUUCGAAGUGUACGUAGGGAAGAACACUACCAUCGACCUAGACACUCUCAUCAUUGAAAAUGCCUUGUUAAAUCAUUUAAUAGAAGAAGCCAUCACGAACACGGAGCAUGACGGGGCCUACCUGUAUUUAAGAAUAGCACAGGCCUCAACCAACAAUCCUUCGACAAACCGCGGUGAUUAUACGAACGCAGGAUUGUUGGAAUGGCCACAAGGUGUUUGGCAUGAACCAGAACCAGGUGUGUCAUAG